AAUUCAUCGUCACCACUACUAUGUUUGUUCUUAAUUCUGUGCGCUAAUUCCAAUAUUUCCUGUUGAUUGACUGGCUUUAAGAAUAUGGAUCUACGAUUUUCCUGGAUACUGUGCGUCCAUUCAAUAUCGGGUAUUUUUUUAUUGGAUCUGGAAUGGAUUCUAAGAAGAACUUGUUAUAUCUGUUCGAUAUUUCGUCUGGCUCUCCAUCAAUUAUGGCACCGUGCUUGCUUGAAUUACCUGAUAUUUCAUUAUAAAUAGUCCACAUGCGUUUAUUUUUAUUGUCCGAGUUUUGUAUCCUCUUAGCAUAAUUCUCUGCUCUGACUGUAGUCAGCAACUUAUCAUAUGCUUUUUUCACCGUAGAAUAAAUUUCAUUAUAAUUAUUAUUCCGACAUAGAGACGAACUACCAGAGUUAGUCACUUAGUAAUUUUAUAUCAGGACGAACAAAUGCUUAAUUGAAUAAGCACAGUUUAAGGCCUUUAUUGCCUAAUACGACAAUUGAGCCUUUAAACCAGCUAGCGUUAAAUCCAGAGUGCGGCAGGUGAUCAGAUUCUUCGCUAUGAACCUGUUGAUCGGGAAACUGACAGUUAUCAACACCGCAAUGUCUGGAUGCAGGCGCCAGAUUCAGAAACUUUCCAGGCCUUGGGUAUUGGCGCUGAUCAUUUGCGUCGCUUUAUGGGCUCUGUUGGUGAUUAGUGGUCUUCAUUCUUGGGCCGAUGAGCACUUGGCGUCCAACAGAGUGGUGUAUCGGCUGUUUCCUGUUUAUGUGCACCUGGGCGGCCUGCUUUUAGUAACUGUUUUAGUCAGUGGAAUGUCCUGGUACAUAUUCUAUAAGAACGACUUUGAUGGCUGUUGUUCCACUAUGGGGUUUUUCUUCUAUAUUCUGGCUGAAAUCAUCCUCAUGGUGAACGCGCUGACAAUGAAGUUGGAGACGGAAGUCAAAUUCUAUGUAGAAUCCUUAGCAUUGUUUGUUUUACUCUUUGUCUAUACCUGCGCGGUUUCAUGGGAGUUCAGUCUAUAUACUGAGCGCCAGCGCCUGCGGCACGAAGAAUACAUUAAUAGGCAAAUCACAUCCAGACUCAUCAAUGGCGGCAACUGCUACAGGCUGCCACUGAAGGGCCCUUUUAAGUUGCCGCUUGACUUCAAGACUCCUGCUGUUGGCAAAGCUUCUCUGAAUCCGGCGAGGCCAUCCAGUAGGAGAUAGAUGCUGAAUUUUCCGUCUUUUAUUGGCAAAUCUGUCCAAGAAUCUUCUUGCCUCUGAAUUUAAAGAGUAAUUUUGCGCCAUA